GCAUCUGAGUGGAGGAGAAAGAGAGAGGCAUGAACUUCCUGUGCAAUCUGCGAGUCCGUGCACUCGUACUCGCGCGCACGCACAGGAAGACCUGCGGACUCUGAGAGUGGAGGAGGGAGUGUAUUUCUGCGCGAGUGUAUGGCGGAGCGAGCGAGGGACUCCGGGCGAGACUGCUGUAGAUGCGGAGUGUUUACACCAGCCGGAGCAGCGUUCCCUCCCGCCCCUCCUCCCUCCUCGCUCGUCGCAGCGUGACAGCGGCUACCGCGAAUCUCGCCUGCCGCAGAUAGCGUCUGUAGAGCCGGCUGAGGCUGAGGAUACAGCCGGGCCCAGAAUAUCUGCUUCGCAUCAGCAUAAAUAACUGGCUAGCUGAAGACACGGAAUACUUAUUUCAAAACAGUUUAGGCGCUAACGUCAAUAAUCAGAUAUUUCAUACACGCACUGGCUUGCAAGCGGGCAAUUAUUUUAUAUAUUUUUAUUUUUGCGCGAUAAGAUCUUGGAUGUGCCAUUUAAGCUGACCGCGAUAUGGCUGUUCUGAAACUCAUCGACCAGCCUCCCCUAAUCCAGGCCAUUUUCCAUGGAGACCCUGAGGAGAUCCGUAUGCUCAUCUACAAAUCCGAGGACAUCAACACGCUGGAUGCAGAGAAGCGUACUCCGCUCCACGCUGCAGCGUUCCUCGGUGAUGCUGAGAUCACGGAGCUGCUCAUUCUCUCCGGGGCCCGUGUCAAUGCCAAAGACAACAUGUGGCUGACCCCUCUGCACCGCGCCGUGGCAUCCCGCAGUGAGGAGGCGGUGCGGGUGCUGAUCCGCCACUCGGCGGACGUGAACGCGCGGGACAAGAACUGGCAGACGCCGCUGCACGUGGCAGCCGCCAACAAGGCCCUUCGCUGCGCCGAGGUCAUCAUCCCGCUGCUGAGCAGCGUCAACGUGUCGGACCGCGGCGGGCGGACCGCCCUGCACCACGCCGCCCUCAACGGGCACACUGAGAUGGUGAGCCUCCUCCUGGCGAAGGGGGCCAACAUCAACGCCUUCGACAAGAAGGACGGCCGCGCGCUGCACUGGGCCGCCUACAUGGGUCACCUGGACGUGGUGUGUCUGCUGGUCAGCCAGGGGGCGGAGAUUAGCUGCAAGGACAAGCGCGGGUACACGCCCCUCCACGCCGCCGCCUCCAACGGCCGCAUCGCCGUGGUGAAGCACCUUCUCAACCUGUCAGUCGAGAUCGACGAGGCCAACGCCUUCGGGAACACAGCGCUGCAUGUGGCCUGUUUUAACGGGCAGGACGCCGUGGUGAACGAGCUCAUCGACUACGGCGCCAACGUCAGCCAGCCCAACAACAAGGGCUUCACCCCGCUGCACUUCGCCGCCGCGUCCACACACGGCGCCCUCUGCCUCGAGUUCCUGGUCAACAACGGCGCCGACGUCAACGUGCAGAGUCGGGAUGGUAAAAGCCCUCUCCACAUGACCGCGGUCCAUGGACGCUUCACUCGUUCCCAGACUCUGAUCCAGAACGGGGGGGAGAUAGACAGUGUGGAUAAGGACGGUAACACCCCGCUCCACAUCGCUGCUCGCUACGGCCACGAGCUGCUCAUCAACACCCUCAUCACCAGUGGAGCCGACUGCACCAGGCGGGGGGUGCACGGAAUGUUCCCCCUCCACCUGGCCGCCCUCAACGCCCACGCCGACUGCUGCCGGAAGCUCCUCUCCUCAGGACGGAAGUAUAGCAUAGUGUGCUCCCUCAGUAAUGACUUGGUCCUGUCUGCAGGCUUCCAGAUCGACACCCCCGACAGUUUCGGGAGGACCUGCCUGCACGCCGCCGCCGCGGGGGGUAAUGUAGAGUGUGUGAAGUUGCUUCUCAGCAGUGGAGCCGACCACAACCGGAGGGACAAGUGCGGCAGAACCCCUCUACACUACGCCGCUGCCAGUCGUCAUUAUCACUGCUUGGAGACGCUGGUGUCGUGCGGGACCUGCAUUAACGCCACUGACCAGUGGGGGCGCUCUGCUCUGCACUAUGCCGCUGCCUCAGACCUGGACAGGAGGCGGCGUGUGGCCCUGGAGCCGGAGAGCGAGGGAGUUCAGGCGGAGAGAGAGAAAGAGGCUGCACUGUGCUUGGAGUUCCUGUUACAGAGUGGAGCAGCAGGGAGCCUGAAGGACAAGCAGGGCUACAGUGCCGUUCACUACGCAGCGGCGUAUGGACACAGACACUGCCUGGAGCUGCUCCUGGACCAGGACGAGGCCCAGCUGGAGGACCCAGACUCCCCCACCACCAGGAGUCCGCUCCACCUCGCAGCGUACCACGGCCACACCCAGGCGCUGGAGGUGCUGCUCCAGGGGGCGCUGGAGGUGGACCAGGGGGACGAGUUUGGGCGCACCCCUCUGGCGCUGGCGGCCCUCCGGGGCCACACCGACUGCGUCCACACCCUGCUGAGCCAGGGGGCGUCGCCCAAGAGUCGGGACUCCGCCCGCGGACGCACACCUGUGCACCUGGCAGUGCUGAACGGUCACA